AUGGCUUGUUACCUGGUCAUCAGUUCCAGACACCUGAGCAAUGGGCACUACCGGGGCAUUAAGGGAGUCUUCAGAGGGCCCCUCCGCAAGAACGGAUCUCCGUCUCCGGAUUUUGCAGAAAAGAAGUCUACAGCAAAAGCUCUGGAAGACGCAAAAGCAAACUUUUACUGUGAAUUAUGUGACAAGCAGUAUAACAAACACCAGGAGUUUGACAAUCAUAUUAAUUCUUACGACCAUGCUCAUAAGCAGAGAUUGAAAGAAUUAAAGCAACGAGAAUUUGCUCGAAACGUAGCUUCCAAGUCAUGGAAAGAUGAGAAGAAGCAGGAAAAAGCCCUUAAGCGACUCCACCAGCUGGCUGAGCUGAGGCAGCAGUCUGAAUGCGUUUCUGGAAAUGGACCAGCAUACAAAGCCCCAAGGAUAGCUAUGGAAAAGCAGCUCCAGCAGGGAAUUUUCCCGGUUAAGAAUGGCAGAAAGGUCUCCUGCAUGAAGAGCGCUCUUCUCCUUAAGGGAAAGAGUGUGGCCAGAAGCAGCAUGGAUAAGCAGCGGUUUGCCACGCCAAGCCGACAACAGCUACAAUCAGACAGGCGGCACUUAUUUGGAAACAAGACAACACAAACAUCUUCAGAUCUCGGCACUGCAAGUCACAGGACAGGAGUUUCAUUUUCAUUUUCAAAAAAAGCCUACCUAAAAUUAGAAUCCUCUGCCUCGGUUUUCAGCGAGAACACAGAAGACACCCAUGAAUGUAACAAGUCACCCACCUAUAAAGUCAAACAAGCAGUAGAGAGCUGCAAGUGUUGCAGAUUUGCAAGUGAAGAUCCAGACCUUCCAAAGAAAGAAGGUGUCAUCUCAUCGAGCCAUCUGGAGGGUGUUUUAAACAACACCUUUUUGAUGAACCCUAAAUUUUCAAAAAACAAAAAUGAAUCUUUUAAUGGAAGACUGAAAGAUUCAGCAGGCAUCCACCGUGCUUUCUCUAAGUCUAACCUCCAUCUUUCAGAAACAGAUUUUACCCUUUCCAGCAGAGAGAAAGAAAUUAGGAAUGCACUGAAGGAUACUUCAGAAAACUGCAUUAAUCAUCCAUGCCAAGCAAAUGAACCCUCCGGUCCACCAAACAUUUGCAAGCAUAGUGAGAAUAGGUGGUAUGAAAGUCUGGGUGAGUUUUUGCCUUCAGGACCAAGUGAACAAAAGACUAAAGCACAACGGAAUCCUGACUCUAGAACGGAGGACAGAGCAAAGUCUCUAGAUGAAGUAGAAAGAGACAGCAAAAAUGUGCAAAGACUUUGCAGAGAAAGUUGUCCACAUGAUGUAAAAUCCAAAACACUGCCUUUCAUCCAUGUACAGAGCAAGGAUGGUCACACUACUCUAAAGUGGCCCACAGAACUUCUGUUCUUUACCAGAACAGAACCUUGCAUAUCUUAUGGCUGUAAUCCAUUAUAUUUUGAUUUCAAACUUUCUCGAAACGCAAAGGAUGAACAUAGUUCAGAGAAUAUAAAAAUAGAAUUGGAGAAAGAAGUUUUGGAAAAGAAGACAAAAACAGAGAGCCAAGGCUCAGGUUUAAUUAAAGAACAACAAAAAUUGACCCAAGAUAAACAAUCUCUGAAACCAAAGAUGCUUAUGGCUAACCCAGAUUGGGAAAAGAUCCAGAGAAAAUAUAAUUUGGGCUACAAUGAUUCUGACUCUACUAUGAGUGAACAUGGUAGUCUAAGAGACUUGGAAAUGAAAAGUCCUGAAGUGCCUGCUUACCUUAAUCUGUCUCUAACGGAUGGCUUAGGAAAUGAUGAUAGCGAUGAUAUUGAAUUUAUGGAACUCUCAAAUGUCCACUGGAAAAGCUGCAAAAAGACAGUUCAAAAUAAUGUUCAGGAGGGUCUAUCUUGCUCGCCUCACAUUUCUAGGACUAGAACGCAUAAGCUGAAUCCUUGCAGUUCACAUUCAGAGUCCGAAGAAGAAAAUCAGUGUACCUGGAACUUCAGUUCUUACACUUCAGGGGAUCCCUCUGAACAUGGGAAGGACAUCAGUGGAAGUUUCAAUGCCUGCAACACCAGCAUGGCCAGUGGAGCUUCCAAAAAUGGGGAAAGAAAUCAUGGGAAACGUUCGUCAGUGUCACCUCUGAGGGGCCACCCCAGAACUCUGGAUGAAGCUUCCAGAAACGUGUCCAGCUGGAGAAACAUAUGUUCAAGUUAUAGGCCCAAUGGCAGUGACAGCAGUCACCUGCUCUACCUUUGUGAAAGAGAACGUGACUCAGCUGAGAGGCACAUGUGGAAAAACAGAAAGCACAAUUGUCUCUAUUUGUCUGAUGCACCAAUAAACAGUAACUGUCCUCACUCAGAUACACAGAGAGACAGCAAUGGUAACCGAUGGGACUUAUUUAAAACUAAAAGACCAUCAAAACACAGAGACUGUCAGUGCAGAGAAAGGUAUGAGCUGGGUAAAAAUCACCCGUUCACAGGUCCCAAGCCCCCAAGAAUUUGUCAUUGUGAUUCUGGCUCACAGGUUUCCCUUGAUGCAAAUAGUGAUAAGCUCUUGAUUGGUCAGGGACCUCAGCACAGCAAAUCAGGCUCUUAUUUGAGACAGAGAGCUUACUGCUUAGACAAAAACAAGAGAAGCCAAAAGUCUUUGGCCAGACUUCACAUUUGUGAUGUGGGAAAAGUCAAGUGCAUGCGACAAUGCAACUCAGACACGCUCAACUACCUUCCAAGGAGCUGUGUAGCCGGCCCUUCAGAAACCACACAGUCAAACAUUCCAGAUGGAGAAAGGCCAUCCCUGACAGCCAAGGGUCUUCUAGAAAGAGUGCAAGCCAAGAAGUGUCAGGAGCAAUCGAAAAAGUUCAGGAUCUCCCCAAACAGUUGUUUAAAAGAAUCAGAGACUCAUUCACAAAUCCAACACACAGUUCAACCUGAACUGCAACAUAGCAACAGAAUGGCAUUGCCUUUUUUGAAGAAGAGACAACAUAUGUGCAAAAGAAGAGAUAAUAAAGGCCAUAGAGUUCACCAGAUUGCUGACAAAGAAAGAGUUGAAAACUUACAAAAACCUGGUUUUACUAUUUUAACAGACACUCAAUGUGAAAACUAUCUCUCCACAGGCCUAAGUCAUUCAAUGCCAGGCUCUCAGUCUUCAAGUGGAAAAAAGAACCAGACAACAAAAGAGCAAUCUAAAUCUUCAAUUAGCACAGUCCAACCUUUUCUUCAAAGCUGUGACCCAGUACCAAAUGAUUUCCUCGGUGCUUUUCCAUCUAAUAGAUAUACUGGUGUAACCAAUUCAACAGAGACCAAAGAGGAGCAGAUAAAUCUAGACUCACAGGAUGUAAGCAUGUCUAUAAAUCAUGUAGAGGGGAAUAUAAACUCUUACUAUGACAGAACAAUGCAGAAGAAUGACAAAGCGGAAGAUGAAUUAGAAGUGUGUCAUAAAUCUCUCUCACCCCCUUUAAUUCAACAGCCCAUAACAUUUUCCCCCGACGAAAUGGAUAAGUACAAGCUCCUUCAGCUACAAGCACAGCAGCACAUGCAGAAGCAGCUCCUGUCAAAGCAUCUCCGAGUUUUGCCCGCUUCAGGGCCCCCUGCCUUCUCCCCAGCCUCAGCCGUGCAGACAGUUCCAGUCCACCAGCAUACAUCCAUCACCACCAUCCACCACACGUUCCUACAGCAUUUUGCUGUUUCGGCUUCCAUAAGUUCUCACAGCAGUCCCCUCCCCAUCGCUCAUUUACACCCUCUACCACAGCCACACUUUACUCCCUUUUCGUUUUCAGCCAUGGCUCCAGCCAUUAUCCCUGCACACACUGCUUUCCUAGGUCAUCCCCUGCACUUAGUCACCACCGCCCCCUUUCACCCAUCGCAUAUAGCAUUUCAGCCCCUGCCUUCUGCAGCCUUUAUCCCCACCUUGUUUGGUCCUCAUUUAAACCCAGCCACAACUUCUAUCUUCCACCUGAAUCCUUUAAUCCAGCCAAUGCUACAAGGUCAAGAUCUUUGCCAUCACUCUUGCUCCAGUCAGAUGCAACAGUUAAAUAGCGUGAAGGAGGCCUUAAACAUGGCACUACACUUGAACUAA